AAGUGGCGGCAGCUUGGUAAAGGCCAGCGCACCUCGGCAAUUCCACCUAAAGGGAAGGAUGCUGAGGGCGAGGCUGCCCUGAGGGCCGGGCUUCCUCUAGUUUAUGACACUCGGUCUCGCGGAAAACCAUUGGCCCUGUGGGCGGGAUUACGCCUGGUGGGUGGAAACCCGCUCCUGGGAACGGAAGUACGCUCGACAAUGGCCAAGAAUAAAUUAAGAGGGCAGAAGUCCAGGAAUGUAUUUCACAUAGCCAGCCAAAAAAACUUUAAAUCCAAAAACAAAGCAAAACCAGUCACUACUAAUCUUAAAAAGAUAAACAUUGUAAAUGCUGAAAAAGUUCGUAGAAUGAAUAAUGCUUUUAUAAACAUUCAGAAGGAACUUGCAAACUUCUCAAAAAGGCUUACUCUUGAACCGCUGGAGAAAAAGUUGAAUAAUCAGCAGCGUCAUGAAAAUGAACCAGUUAAUGUUGAUGAAGCUGCAAGAUUAAUGGCUCAACUGUAGUACAAUGAAGAUUUAUCAAAUUCCCCCCAAAAAACUCAAUAAAAUAAGUAUUUUAUACAACUUUAUUUUUUAAAAUCUUGUUAA